UGUUAUGUGAUCCAAAUUGCUCUCUGCCUUCACUCUGUAAAUCUUAUAUCUGUUACUAGAAGUAAUGCUCAUGAACUCUUCUAAACAGGUUUUUGAUAAGGACAUUGGGCAAGACAAGAGAUUGGGAAUAGUAAAGCUGCCUUUGAUUCAGCUGGAAGCUGAAACCGAAAAAGAGUAUAAUUUGAGACUGCUACCAUCACUUGACAUGCUGAAAAUUAAAGAUAAGAAGGAUAGGGGGCGUCUUAUUAUUAAGGUCUUGUAUCAUGAAUUUAACAAGGAAGAGCAGUUGAUUGCUCUGGAACAAGAGAAGAUGAUCAUAGAACAAAGAAAGAAACUGAAACAAGAGGGAGUUAUAGGGAGUACAAUGGAUGCACUUGAUGGAGCAGCAUCACUGGUUGGGUCUGGUGUUGGAAUACUGGUCUCGGUGCCGGAGUUGGGAUUGUGGGAACUGGCGUUGGGGCCAGAGUUUGGAUCGUUGGCAGUGGACUGAGCAAAGCAGGAAAGUUCAUGGGCAGAACCAUUACAGGAGGCCACUCGAAAAAUGGUUUACAAAUUUUUUAAAAAAAUAGACCAUUUUUCGAAACUAAAAAAGCUUUUUGGUCAAAUAUAAAAUAUUUUUGGUUUAACUAUUAUUUUUUGGUUUGAGCCAAACAUUCAAAAAAUAUUUUAUGUCGAAACAAAUGGAGUACAAGGGUUACAAUUGACAAGUAUUAAAUGAACACCAAUGCUUGAAGAAUACUAAUGAGAUAAAACCCCUAAAGCAUGUAUCCUUCUUUUUCAAAGUAACCUUUACUACUAAAAAAGAAAAAGACUUCUUCCCUCCUAGACUCAUAUAUUUUCAUGUCGGAUCCCUUCCAUGGAUGGUCUUUGUUGGUUGUUAAUGCCAAAAAUUAACUUGUGAUUAUGCACGUUCAGUCUUCGAUCUGAGAUCCCUGCAAGACAAGCAAAUGUCAAAAUGGUGCGCCGCAUAGGGCGAAGAGGGCGACAACACCCCCUCCUAUAGUUAAGUCAGUAAAGGUAUAAAACAGAAAAUGAAAGAGAUUGAUGAUCAUGCAACUAUGCAAGCAUACCGGAUCCUUGCCUUUAGCCAACCUUUAUAUAGAUGUGGUAUUGGUUUGAUGGGAUGCCUGGGACGUUAGAAAGUACUUCAAUAAUUAUGGUGGAUUUGUUACCUCUUUGUUGCCAUGUGCCUCAAGUUAGGUGCGAGGUUCCUAAGUGGCCAUAAAAUCAAGUCUAGGCUAUUUGAAUAUUGGGCGAAUUGAUUAUUGGGCCAGUGGAAAAUGUAAGCCCCAAUUCAGUAGCCCCAUUCCCUUUGACUACUUGGGCCUUCCAUUGGGAAUUCCUAACUUUAAUAGAAAUAUAGCAACAUGUAGUCUGUAGAUAAUAAAAGAUAGCUAGUGUGGACAGUUGUUAGCUCUACUCCGUCAAUUAUUGUAUCAAUAGUAUUCUCUACCUCCUCUAAAUGGAUUAAAU